AUGUCUCUUUCGGCCAUCUCGCCGGAAGUACAGGCCCGUCGUAGGGAGGCAGAAGAGCGCUUUCCCAGAUGGGCUCUAAGGAAGAUCGACGCGGACCUCCUCAGGGCGGCUAUGAGCGUAUCGCUCUGGGCGGAAGAUCCGGCGGCCUCUUCGGAAGAUGUGGACGAAGCUGCCGGCUGGAUCGGGGGAUUAAUGAAGGCUGCAUGCGACGCUGCCAUGCCCCGCGUCAUGCCGAUGAGGAGAAAGGCGGCCUAUUGGUGGACGGAGGAGAUCGCCGAGCUGCGGCGCUCCUCUGUCCGGGCCAGACGUCGCUGGUUGAGGGCUAGACGUAGCCAGGACCAGCGACGGAUGGGUGAGUCGGGAGUAGAGUACAGCUCCGCCAAGCAGCUCUACUCCUGGGCCAUAAAACAGGCCAAGGAUAAGUCCUAG